CUCAGAUUUGCUUUCAUACCGUUUGAAGAGCUUGGAGAUCAGACCAAGACAUUUCUGACAGCUAUUAGACAUCUAUUGGUCACAAUACAAUAUGGAUUACUCUACCAAAACCCUGGCUCAGGGCAGCUUUGGGAAAAUAUAUAAGGAGAGGUUUGGAGAUGAAUGGGCUGCUAUGAAGAAAGUCCCUGUACGUUUCAUCAGCGAUAAAGACCUGGAAAGGGAAUGUGAAGUAUAUAAUAAAGCUCGGCAUCCAAAUGUGGUGAGGCUUCUUGGUAAACCUAAGGUUGAAGACUAUAAGUGGCUCAUUCCUAUGGAAUUCAUCUUUGGAGAAGAUCUUGAGACAACCAUCUUUGAAUCAGCAAACUCCAAAAUACAGUUGACUCCAGCUGUGAAAGCCACGAUCAUCAUUGGUAUGUGUGAUGGUUUGCAUCAUCUUCACAGUAAAAACAUCAUCCACCAAGACCUCAAACCUGAUAACAUCAUGGUUGAACAUCAAACCCAUCGUGCUGUGAUCAUUGACUUGGGGCUGGCAAAGUUCUCCAAAGACGGGCUGAACUCUGCCAUGAACUUGGGCAAUGAAGCGUACUCAGCUCCAGAGAUCCUGCAAGGUGGUGAAGUUCGUGACAAGCGAUCAGAUGUUUGGGCCAUGGGUAAAAUCAUUGCUGAACUCUGUGCCGGGACCAGGUUGAAAACUCAAUACCUGUGUGCCAGCAGAAUUCAGGAAACUCUUAAAACAGAUCAAGCAUACUGUACACCAGUGUCCAAGAUGGUGGAGACCAAUCCAGUUUACAGAGUUACUAUGGAUGAUAUCCUCCCAGACAUUAAGGUAGCUGCUUUAGCUUCAAAAAAGGACAGCAAGCCAAGAGACAUCAAUGUAACACAGGGAAAUCAAAUGGGAGGAAACAUUACAGCUGCACUCAACUCAGGCGACUGGAGAGCUGGAUCAGCUUCACUAAUUGACAGCGAUCCAAGAAACAUCACUGUAAUGCAGAGAAAUGAAAUGAGGGGAAAUGUCUUCCCAGACAUUAGGAAAUCUGUGUUUGCUUCACAUAUGGACAUAAGAGAUGGGACUGUAACACAGAGAUAUGCAAUGAUGGGAAAUGCUAUGGAUGAACUAUCUAUGGAUAGAACAUCUGCUUUAACUUCACACAUGGACCUAAGAGAUGAAAUACAGAGACAUCAUAUGAUGGUACGUCAGAGUUUGGGUCUGCCAAGAUCUCCUGUGUUAAAUGUUCAGCAUGAACCCCUUCAACCGUGGGGAAUGGGAAGAGGAGCAGACUUGAUGAAUCAGAUGUCUCAAAUGUCGAUGACCGGUGAAGUGAAUCAAAGCUAUAGUGAGCAAAAAGUAGCUAUGAAAUAUGAAAAGGUUGAAUCAUCUGGAGGAACAUCCUUUAGCUAUAAUAAUGUGCAAAUGAGUAAACAUUAUUCAAAAUAAGUCCCAGAAAAAGCUUUUCUACAACAGUGUAACUCCAUAUGUUACAUAUAUGUAAGUGGUGAUUGUUAUUAUUAUUAAUAUUAUUUGUCAUGUUAAUGUCUCAGUAAAGAUUUAUUUACAAAUGUAUACUUACUGUAUAAGGUUUGGUGCAUGUACACUAUUUUACUAAAUUACUAUUUGUACUCUUUAAGUAAGUUUUUUUUAUCUCAAAAUAUAUUUCUUUAGAAACGUAUAUUAACUGUAUAAGGUUUGGUGAAUUUACGCCACUUUACUAAAUUACUAUUUGUGAUAACUAAGUAUACAAAGUAUGUUUUUUGUUGUUAUUUAAAAUAGAUUAGUUUAGAGAAGUAUGUUAACUGUAUAGGGUUUGGUGCUUGUACACUAUUUUUUCUAAAUUACUAUUUGUACUUAUUAAGUAUACUAAGUAUUUAAGGGCUCAUUUUUCCAAACUGUGUGUGUGUCAGAAACUGUAAAACACAUCUUUAUAUCAAUUGUAAGCAAAAAAAUAAAGAUUUAU